AUGCCAUUUUUUGGCUGGAUGAAAUGGCCAAAAUAUGAUUCCUACAAAUCCACACACUACCCUGACUCAGAUGUAGUGACCAAGACUCUGCUCCGGGAAUUAAAGUGGCAUCUGAAGGAACGGGAGAGACUGAUACAAGAGAUCGAAAACGAGCAAAAAGUUAAAAAAACAGGUGUGGAUUACAACUGGCUGAGAAGCUGCCAGAAUCCCCACACAGCCAUUCCAGCUACAGAACAAAGACAACUCGAGGUUCUCUGCUCACAGGUUCAACCUUGUCAAACGGGAACUGUUCUCAGCAGAUUUCGAGAAGUUCUGGCAGAAAACGAUGUACUGCCAUGGGAAAUCGUCUACGUCUUCAAGCAAGUUCUGAGAGACUUCCUGAGCAGCGCUGGCGGGAGCAGUCAGCAGGAGGGCCUGGAAGGGUCCCCGAGCGCAGCCUGCGCUGCACGCUCCGUGACCCCCGGGGGCAGCUCCGUGGGUCCUGAGAGAGAUGAAAUCCCCACCAUCUCAAGCUAUGUAGACAGAAACACAAAGAACAGGUUCCCGACAUUCUCACACCGAAUAUGGAACCUACCGUACUACUCCCCAUCAAGUUAA